AUGGCCAACUGUCUGCUUCAUGUUCAGUUCUGCUGCAUGCUUGUUGCUGUGUUUAUGUUGCAGCAGCUUGUGCAUGGCAACUGCUUGGACAUUUGGUAUCCACCUGCGACGCGAGGUGUCAAUACCUCAGACCACCUCUACGUAGUUGAUGACUACAGCUGGUCCAUUGAUGACCAGCUCCUGGUUCAAUCGCUGCAAGGUGUCAGUGCACGAACCGCACCAGCAGUCUACCGCAACCAAAGUGAUGGGCCACCUGGUCCUCAAACAAAUGCGGCACCAAUGUGGUUGGACUUGCUUUUGGACUUCAACUUAGUAACAACUGUGACAGAAGUGGAAUCUGCCCGACAGCUGCUAUCCUAUUUGGUGGAGAGAGUAACAGGCUAUGUCUUGGGUGAUGCGUCCCAGCCAAAUAGUGCAUUGACAGCAGCAAGUGGCCUGGAUGGCAACGUUGUAGUGGCCACAGAGGUCACAGAGAUCUUGCUGCAAGAGCAUGGUGUUGGACUGGUUAUGGAUGUCAGGAACAUGUCUGUGUUGGAGGUCAUCAACGCUCUGAAUGGCAGUGCACAGUUCAGCCGCUGCACGGUUUCCAUGCAAGAGCCUGCAAAGGGGAGUUACCUUGCAGAUUUCACCAUCUUCUCCAGAGGAAUUACUUUUUUUGCAGAGAACAUGUCAGAUGAGAUAGUCACGCGAGUGAUGUCUUGGCUAAAGACACCAGCAACUGUCUUUGGAUGGGGACGAUCUGAGGAGGACAUGGUUCAGACAACAUCACAUUAUGGGCACAUGGUUCAUGCAGCAGACUGGGCCUUGAAUCUGGCGACUCUGACGAACUACCACAUUCCCAGUGUCCAAUGGCUGUCACUGUUAUCACAAAAAGGGGAGACCAGCACAAGGGCAACAGCUGGACACUGCUCUGUGGCAAAUACACGAUCAACGUCAGUACACACUGUCACAUUUUUCCUGACUGAUGGAGAUAACAUCCAGUGGCUCCUCUCAAACUUUGCGACAAGUUCAAGUUGGUGGGCCUCCCCUUUGCGGGGUCAGGUGCCCCUGGGUUGGACCUUGUCCCCAGCCCUGGACUCUUUGGCGCCAGUGGUCAUGCACUAUCUCUACAUGACGGCUACUUCCAAUGACACUUUCUUGGCAGCCCCCUCUGGCCUUGGGUAUGUCUAUCCGGACCUGAUGCUGAAGGCACCAGAUGGAAGGGAGAAACUGGGGGAUUUCGCAGACUUGACUUUGGACCAUAUGAAGAAGACUGGAAUGACUGUGUUGAAUGUGCUGGGAUGGGAGUACUCUCAAGAAGCAGCAAACUUGAUGACAACAGGGACAAAGGAUAGGGACAAUGCAGAAGAGGAUGUGAUUCAAGGGGUGUUCUGGAUGUCCAAGGCGUCUGCAGAACAUGGAGAGAUCAACAGAACACCUGCUGGAGUGCCAGUGGUUUUGCCAAGGUACCAGCUUGCUUGGUGGGCAGACAAUGUGACAACACUGUUGGAUAAACUUGAAGCAAUGCCCAAAGACCCAACAUCGCCUCUUGGGUAUUCCAUGAUACCUGUGUUUGUGUGGGACUAUGGAGUUCCUGAUGUUGUCACCUUGGUGGCAAAGCUUGAGGAAAUUGGUGGUUUUGACAUAGUGUCCCCAACAGAGUUUCUGACAAGGAUUUCAACCUGGCUUCUUGUGGACGAUGCACGCUGUGAAUCUCCAGCUGUUUAG